AUGCGCUGCCGCGUCCGAUGGCGUCACCGAGAGGUGGCAGAACGUGCCCUAGGAGUGCAAGCUGCACCGCGUCCUAGACCUCAAGUGCAUGGCGGUCGUGCCGUGCCGUCCACCUCCGAGCACACGCGCUGCAUGGCAGUCACGCCCACUCUGUACAUCGCGGACAACAAGGCGGGUGUCAUCUCGUGUGGCAGCUUGUGGAGGACAGAUGCUGUCGAUAGUGACGAAGAGACGAUGCAAGGAGAAGAAGCGAGAGGGGAAGUAGAGGCGGAAACGGCGAGCAAGGAGCGCGUGCGUACUGCCGUGGAUGCGUUGCGCGUCACCCCUGAUGGCCGCUUCCUGGUGACUGCGUCCACCUCCACCGACUUGCGCGUGUGGGAUCUCAGCACCCUCACAUCACACGAUCAGCAACAACACAACAUGAAGGGCAAGCAGCAGUGGCACCAACAACAACAACAGCAACAACAACAACGACACGCCCCAACAACAACAGCAGCAGCAGGAGCAGCAGUAGCAGCAGCAACAACAACAGCAGCAGCACUGUUGGAUGACUUGUUUGUGAACGAGGCAGAGCUGAACGCCAACAUGACCGCCGCCACCAUGGCCGCGCACCCAACUGAUGACAGCCUGCUGGCGAUUGACACUGCGCGAGGUGACGUGUUUGUGUGUGACGUCGCCAACCACAAUGUCCUCAGCAAGCUCAAAAGCGUGAUCAAGUGCGACUACAGUACGGGCCAGCACACCACCAUAUUGCAUCGCAAUGACAGAGCAGAUGACAUGGCCAUGUGCGAUCACCAGCACCUGCUCACUGUUUCAAGCAGCGUUUCGCGAGGCAGGGUUGCCCUGUGGGCGCUGGACCUGACCCUAAACCGCACCAUGAUCCCCCACAGAGCAGUUUGACCUGUGCCAUCUCCGCCCAACAACAGACCCCAGAUGCCGCCCCAACGCCAUUGUGCCCAUUGUUGUUCCACCAGCAACACCUCCCGCAGAAGCG